CAAACUAGAAAGGUAGUCACUAGUAAACACCGAUAUGAAGUACUAGUUGAAAGUUGGAACUAUUAGCAUUCCAGUUCUAAUUUGUGUUCGUAAGAUAGUUAAAAAGCCUAGAAUAUGGCGUUCGUUACGGAAAAUUCGAAUGAAGGCAGGGUUUGAAUAAUACUGCGAAUGCGAUGGCUUCGAACGAGCAGAUGGGGCUCAACAAAACUUGGGAGCUCUCUUUAUACGAACUGCACAGGACGCAGCAAGACGCUAUUACUGACAAUACUGAAAUCGCAGUCUCCCCUAGAAGCCUGCAUUCGGAGCUCAUGUGCCCCAUAUGCCUCGACAUGCUUAAAAAGACCAUGACAACUAAAGAAUGCCUUCACAGGUUUUGUUCAGACUGUAUAAUAACUGCACUUAGGUCUGGUAACAAGGAAUGUCCAACAUGUAGGAAAAAGUUGGUGUCAAAGAGGUCCCUCCGUCCGGAUCCCAACUUUGACCUGCUUAUAUCGAAAAUCUACCCCAGUAGAGAUGAGUACGAAGCUCACCAAGUGAGAGUGCUUGAAAAACUGAACAAGAGCCACAGCCAGGCAGCUCUGAUGAACUCGAUCAACGAAGGCAUCAAGAUGCAGACGCAAAACAGACUGCAGAAGUCCAAGAAGGCACAAGCAGAGCCAGAGCCGAACCCUGGCAAUUCGAACGCCACAAUACCCGUCGAGAAAAAAAGUGAAAACAUGGAGGAAGAAGUGAAACCGGCGAAAAGGCCGAAAACAGAAACUUAUUCAACAGACUCAAAUGACUCUGGGGAUUCGGAAGCAUCUGGGGGUCAAGAUUCCGUUACAGAAGGGGAAGGGCCAUCAGAAAGCAGUACCUCGGAUGAAAUUGAACUUGUCUUUAAACCCCACCCAGUUGAAAUGCCAAGUGAUAUGAGCAUUAUGAAAGCUUUGAAGGACAAUAUGAUAAGAUACAUUAAAACAACUGCUAAUGCGACUGUCGACCACCUUACGAAAUACCUCGCCACACGACUCGCACUCGAUCUUGGACCUGAACUCCAAGAAAGGAGUCUUAAUUUUUGUAUUUAUGUUGCCCCUACACUAAACCAAUAUAUAUCCCUAAAUGGAAGCCACACUCUACGACAAGUGAAUGAAAAAUAUUGGAAAAUUAAUAAACCUCUGGAAAUGUUUUACUCUUGGAAAAAAUCCACGUAAACUUUUUCACAACUUUUUUUAAAGAUUGCAAGCUUUCAAAAACUCUUUCUAGUCCCUGAAACACAAAAUAUGGUCUAAUUCUUUGUUUCAAUAUUAUAAGUAAGCUUUAAGCAUUUUACGAACACUCAAUCAAAGUGUGGUCUUGAAAAAGAAAGCAAAUUUAGUUUCUACUGCCAAGCUUUCACAAUACUGUUGCAGUCCGGUAAUGUUGGGACUGAGUCAGUCUUCAAGGAAAUUUGAGAUCGCCCGUAAAAACUUAAAUAUGUCAAUCUGUAGUUGUUUGGCCCUGAUGAUGACCUUAAAAUAGUCAAAAGCUUUUGCAGUAGCAACUGAAUUUACUUUCUUCUUCAAGACCAUACUUUGGUCCAGAGAGUUCAUAAGUGAAAAAGUGUUUGAUACUUCUAUUACUGAAAACAUUUAAGCAUUUUAAUGAUUAAUGCUGUUCUAUGUUUUACAAAAACUGUUUGUUUUAUGAUAAUACAGUAAAACAUUUUGUACAUAUUCCAAAA